GUGAGUUGUCAAUUGUCAUAUGCACAGGAUAAAAAUUGAAGUAUUUUGCGUUUUACGUGCAUUUUACAUAAAUUUGCAAAGGUAUCUUACAUAUUUUUGCACAAAUAAACUCACGCAUCGAAUGUGGCCCAAAAGAUCAAUAGUACAAUAAAAAUAAAGUUUAAAAUCCUUAUAUUUCCUUUUCAUUUAUUGGAAAUGGCUAGUGUUAAUCACAUCGAUAGAGAAUUGGAUUUGUCUAACACAGGCAGAGGCGUAUGGCUUGUGAAGGUACCCAAGUACAUUGCUAAUAAAUGGGAGAAAGCCCCAGGGGACAUAGCAGUAGGUAAAUUGAAGAUAUCUCGGGUGCCUGGCCAGCGUGCUCAGGUGCAGUUAUCGUUGCCCGAAGCAGUGCUGUGUUUAAAAGAGAAAGGUGAACAGAGUAUACCAAAGGAACAUAGGCUGAACGUUUCAAAUGUGACGAGGCAGUCUUUGGGAGUGUUCUCUCAUGUUGUUCCAUCUGAUUCCACCGCAAUAGUACCUGAAUCUGAAAAACUUUAUAUGGAAGGUAGGAUUGUUCAGAAAUUAGAAUGCAGGCCUUAUGAUGACACCACAUAUUACAAACUAAAGUUUGAAUCUAUUAAAAAGGCAUCCACACCACAACGACAAGUCCAGCAACUGGACAGAAUAGUGCAGAACUUCAAACCUGUUUCUGAUCAUCGGCAUAAUAUUGAAUAUCAAGAAAGGAAGAAGGCUGAAGGAAAGAAAGCUCGUGAUGACAAAGAUGCUGUGCUCAAUAUGUUGUUUGCUGCAUUUGAGAAACAUCAAUAUUAUAACAUUAAGGAUUUGCAAAAGAUCACAAGGCAACCAAUUGUUUAUUUGAAAGGGAUUUUGAAAGAAGUAUGCAAUUAUAAUAUAAAGAAUCCACAUAAGAAUAUGUGGGAGUUGAAGCCAGAGUACAGACAUUAUAAACAAGAUGUUCCUGUUGAGACCAAGGAGGACAAAAAGGGCUCUGAUAGUGACUGAUUAUUUAACAAUAUUAAUAUUUAUUUUGACAGUAAGGAAACUUGAAUAAAGCCUAUGUUGAUUACUACAUU